UUCUUUAUUCUCUGGUCUGGGGGCCUGCCAUUAAGACGCAGCGAAAGCUACGCUUGGUUGGGCAAAAGGAAUUCCUGGUGGUAUUGCCUAGGCAGCCGUCCGUCAGACAUCGCGAAAGCGUUGCAGGUUCGGCAUCUGUGGUUUUUAUGUAUCUGUAAUAUGGAGAAACUAAAAGGGUUAAAAGAGGUUUUGGGCAGCAAUAAUGCCUCUAUACCAAGUUCUUCUCCGUUGGGUUGUUUGUUGGCACAUUGGAAAGAGGGGAACUUCGGUCAGGAAUUACGAAAAGAUAAGUUGAUUGAAUAUUGUAAUGUUCACUGGCCAAAAUACGCUUUGCCUGAAAAUCAGAGGUGGCCGAAAAACGGGUCUUUUGAUGUGAAGGUUAUUAUGCAACUUAGAUCGCUUUGUACACAAGAUGGAAGGGUAGAACAGUUACCAUAUAUUGACUUAUUUCUGUGCUUGCUUGAGAAACCGGUUUUGUGGCUUGACAAAAUGAAAGCAAUGAAGCUUGAGAAUAAUAAGUGUCUGGCUUGCGUCCAAAAUAAGCAUUGUAUGGAACAUGCAGUUUUAAGUGAAAUUUUAGGGGGAAAAAGAGAUGAACUGGAAUCGGAAUUAUUGGUAUCUCCCAUGGCUCCCAGAACCACCACAGCCCCCUCAACACCAAGUUCUACCCCGCUCACCCUGACCCCACCUGAUUCUCUUACACCCCCCUCGCUCGCGCCAGCACAAUAUGUUUCACCCCCACCUUUGUCUGCUGAAGGUAAUUAUCCUCCUCUGCCUGUGCCAGCCGCUCCUCCGCUUGCCCCUCCUCUGCCUGCUCAGAGAACCCCCCCUUCUCCACAUACACCUGCUCAAAGCUAUCCUGCUCCCCCGCCCACACCCGCUGAAAGAUUUAUCCCCCCUCUAACACCAGCUCAAGGGUACCCUCCGCUCCCACCUACACCUCCUUCACCAGCUUCUGGCCCGUCUGCCCCCCUGUAUCCUCCCCUCCCCGAUUCACCUGUCCAGGAUGUGAUUGUGAGGCAGAAGCAAAGGGGGAAUGUGAAGAAGACAGAUAGAAUGGAAAGUAGUGACAGUGAAGCAGAUGAACUAGACGCCCCAGUAGCUCACCGAACACGAGGAAAACUGGCCCUGGAGUGGCCUCAGGCAGGAAAGGGUAUAUUAAAAUCAGGCAAACAAAAGAGAACGAUUAUUGCACCACUAAGGCAGGGGGUGGGAACUAAUGGACCUGUCUUUGUAAAGGUACCCUUUUCACCUGCUGAUUUAGUUAUAUGGAAACAAUCAGCCGGAACGUAUAGAGAAAACCCAGAUAAGGUAGCUCGUGUGGUUAAGAUGAUAAUGAAAACUCAGAACCCCGAUUGGGAAGAUAUUCAUGUCAUAUUAGACACUCUGAUGGAUGAGACAGAGAGAGAUAUGGUUCUUCGAGCAGCAAGAGAAAGAGCUAGAGAAGACAUACGAAAUGGUUUGGUGACAGGGACACUGGAUUAUAAUUUUCCCACUGCAGACCCAGAGUGGGAUGCUAAUGACCCCUCUGGAGUGGAUAUGUUAAGGCUAAAGAGAUAUCAGGAGUGGAUUUCAGUUGGUGUUCAACAGGCAAUACCUAAGAGUAUGAACUGGUCUAAGUUGUAUGAAAUUCGACAGGAAAAGAAAGAAUCUCCCACUGCCUUUCUAGAAAGACUUAAGGAAGCAGCUAGAAGAUAUACUGAUCUUCAAGUAGACAGUGAGCAAGGAAGAACUCAGCUUGCCUUUAUUUUUCUGGGUCAGGCACAGGAAGAUAUUAGGAAAAAGCUACAGAAACUGGAAGGUGAAGAGUUAAGAAACUUGGAUAAACUCCUAGAGGUUGCCUGGAAAGUUUAUAAUAACAGGGACAGAGAAAUUGUCAAGAAACAGGGGCAAAGCCUUUUGGCAGUCUUACAGAGACAGGGGCGGGGGCGUGGUAGAGGUGGUCGUGGCGUUAAUAGAGGUGGCUUUGGCAGAGGUUCUGGUCAUGGUAGAUUAGGUCUGAAUCAGUGUGCAUAUUGUCAGAUGGAGGGACACUGGAAAAGGGAGUGUCCAAACCGGUUUAGCCAGAAUGGUCAGCCUCAAUUAGACAGUAUGUUUAAUCAAAGUGGUGAGCAUCAGCUGGAUGGUGUAGCCAGGGUCAGGGUUUUACAUGAGAGGGAGCCAGGAUCAAGAGAGCCCAUGGUGACUUUGCAUUUAGAAGGAAAAGACGUAGAUUUUCUCAUUGACACGGGGGCCACACAUUCUGUACUAAAUUAUCUUGAGGGGCAAAUCGGGAACAAGUCAGCAGCAGUCAUUGGAGCCACAGGGAAGGAGGAGGUACGGCCAUUCUUGCAACCCCUAGAAUUGAGCUUUGAAGAUAAGAUCUUGACCCAUGAAUUCUUAUACAUGCCAGACUGCCCAACUCCGCUCUUAGGGCGCGAUCUACUGGCAGCACUGGAGGCAGUAAUUACUUUUGAGAAUGGUGAACUCGUAAUGAAAAUUCCGGAGUCUAAGACAGGAAAGAUUUUGAUGAUAAAAGAAAAACCAAUUUCUAAUAUUCCUAAAGAAGUAGAAGAUGCGGUAAUUCCCUCUGUCUGGGAAACAGAUGUACCUGGAAAAUCUAAAUUGGCACAACCGGUACAUGUAGAGUUAAAAGAAGGAGCGAAGGCUGUACGAAUCAAACAAUACCCUAUAAAACCAGAAGCACGACAGGGAAUAGCAAAGACCAUUGAUAAAUUUUUAAAAUAUCGAAUUCUAGAGGAAUGUAAAUCGGAAUACAACACCCCAAUUUUCCCAGUGAAGAAACCCAAUGGUGAGUAUAGACUUGUACAGGAUUUAAGAGGUAUAAAUGAAACAACAAAAGACAUUCAUCCAGUGGUUGCCAAUCCCUAUACAUUGUUAGCAUCCGUAAAAGAGAUAUAUAAAUGGUUUACUGUAAUUGACUUAAAAGAUGCUUUCUUCUGUAUACCCCUUGACCAAGAAAGUAGGAAACUAUUUGCCUUUGAGUGGGAACAUCCAGAAAGUGGAAGAAAAACUCAGCUCACCUGGACUCGAUUACCGAUGCGGUACAAGGGGUCCCCCACUCUCUUUGGAAGUCAACUGGCAAAAGAACUGGAAAUCUGGACCAGAGAAGGGCAAGUACCAAGAGACCAAUAUUUAUUACUCCAGUAUGUAGAUGACAUUUUGAUUGCAACAGAGGAAGAAAUGACCUGCAUAAAGGUAACCAUUGAGAUCUUAAAUUCAUUAGGAAUGGGAGGGUAUAAGGUAUCCAGAGAAAAAGCACAAAUUGCCCAACAGACUGUGAUUUACCUGGGAUGUGAAAUCUCACAAGGGCAGAGAAAACUGGGUACUAAUCGUAUUCAAGCUAUCUGUGCUAUUCCAGAGCCCCAGAAUCUACACGAGCUGCGGAUCUUCCUCGGAAUGACAGGGUGGUGUCGCCUGUGGAUCAUGGACUAUGGACUGAUUGCAAAACCCUUGUACGAGGCUCAGAAGACCCAGCCGUUCACCUGGGGCAAACCACAGAAAGAGGCCUUCCAGAAGUUAAAGGAAGCACUGACAACUGCUCCUGCUUUGGGGUUACCUGAUCUGUCUAAAGACUUUCAGCUAUACGUGCAUGAAAGGCAGCGACUGGCACUGGGAGUCCUGACCCAACGACUGGGAAGCUGGAAAAGGCCGGUGGGUUACUUUUCCAAACAACUCGACAACGUAAGUGCCGGAUGGCCUUCAUGUCUGCGGGCAGUGGCAGCUACCGUGCUGCUGAUACAGGAAGCCAGGAAGCUCACAAUGGGAAGACACAUAGAUGUCUAUGUGCCACACAUGGUAACUACAGUCCUGGAACAAAAGGGGGGCCAUUGGCUCUCUCCAAGCCGGAUGAUGAAGUAUCAGGUAACCCUGGCUGAGCAGGAUGAUGUUGCAUUAAAAACAACUAACCUCUUGAAUCCAGCUCUAUUUCUAGGUGCCACAGCUGAGGAAGGUCCAUUAGAGCAUGACUGUCUAGAAGUCAUCGAGCACACUUAUUCAGCAAGAACAGAUCUGAAGGAUGUCCCCCUGGAGCAACCAGAGUGGGAACUCUUUACAGAUGGAAGCAGCUUCAUGGAGAACGGAGCUAGAUACGCGGGAUAUGCGGUAACUACAAUUGAUGUAGUAAUAGAGGCAAAAUCACUACCACCUAACACGUCUGCACAAAGGGCAGAACUAAUCGCAUUAACCAGAGCACUCGAGCUGAGUGAAGGGAAGACAGUGAAUAUUUGGACUGAUUCCAAAUAUGCCUUUGGAGUAGUGCAUGUACACGGAGCUUUAUGGAAAGAAAGAGGACUGCUGUCCUCCCAAGGGACAAAUAUUAAACAUCAAGAUGCAGUCCUACAAUUGAUAGAUGCAGUACAAAAACCUGAACAAGUAGCAAUCAUGCACUGCAAGGCACAUCAAUCAGGCAACUCCAAAAUUUGUGAAGGAAAUCGAAAAGCAGAUUGGGCAGCCCGUCAGGUAGCGCGAGAGGUGCAGAAAACAAUGGCAUUGAUACCAUCAAGACUUAAUAUCUCUCAAUUUAAUUUGCCUCCGAAUGGCCACAGGCUCUGCCGAUAG